CCGCCCCCUUUAUGAUAUCUACCGCAAGUACCGAACGACCGAGUUCCGUUGUUAUCUGUCGGAGAGUCUGUUACAGGUACAAAGUAGAGAAUUACACCUUUGUAGUUAUAAACACAAGUCCUACCUACAAUGUCGGUAGAGGUAGCUAUUCCUGAUGUCACCCCGGGGACUGGGGAGUGUCCACACUGGGAAGACAACACCCAACGCCUCGUCUUCGUUGAUAUCACCGAGAACAGCGUGUGCCGGUGGGACUCCGUCACCGGAACCAUUGACAAGGUACAAUUAGAGGACGCGGUUGGAUGUAUUGUGCCAUGUAAGAAGGGAGGGUACCUAGUAGGAGUUGGCCGGAAUGUUGCACAUCUCGACUGGUCAUCUCAAAAACUGACCAAGCUGCACGAGAUACCUCUAAAUGGCGUUCAGAACCGACUUAAUGAUGGAAAAUGUGACCCGGCCGGUCGAUUUUGGUUAGGGAGUAUGGGUAAGGUAUUGACCUUUGAACCCCUGGCGUUCGACAUGAAUAAGGCGGAGCUGUACUGUCUGGAUACUGACGGAUCCUUUCACAAACGAAUGGACAAAUUAACCGUCUCCAAUGGUAUGGCCUGGACAGCUGACCACAGGACUAUGUACUUCAUCGAAAGUAUUCCCGGCCAGAUUAUGGCCUUCGACUAUGACGUCAGUUCCGGUAAUAUAAGUAACAACAGGACAGUGGUGGACUUGGGGAACCUUGACCCCUCUGAUCCUGACAACCUGGGUAUACCAGACGGUAUGACGAUUGACACUGACGGCAAUCUUUGGGUCGCUUUCUACGGCACUGGAUUGGUCGUCUGCUUCAACCCACAAACAGGUAAAAUUCUCAGAAAAAUUGAAUUUCCUUGUAAAAGGACGACAUCGUGCUGUUUCGGUGGGAAAAACCUUGACGAACUCUAUGUAACAAGCGCAAGGGAAGGUUCCACGGACGAGGAGCGCCAAUCUUUUCCUGCCACUGGCUCGGUGUUUCGAGUCACAGGACUGGGAGUAAAAGGUUUUCCCGCCAAUGUGUAUCAAGGAAACUGCUGAUAAUAGCCAACUGUUUUAGGGUUGUCGCUUUGUCCUAUUGCCUAUUCAAACAAGCUACUUGAACAGAUAUUUAUGUUUCUAGUCUAACCUUAACAGGAAGACAGUAUUUAUAAAAUAAAAAAUGAAAAAACAGAACUGAAACGAGUCAGAUUUGACCAUAACGCAAUAAUGUCCCUGUGAC